UAUCUCAUAUAUUUUUUUUACAGAAUUAUCCCGUGAUAGAUCAUUGUUACGAUGUUGUGGUUGUGGGCGCGGGUGGUGCAGGAUUGAGAGCUGCCUUUGGUUUAGGAAGUAAAGGGUACAGAGUGGCAGUGAUUACAAAAUUAUUUCCAACGAGAUCUCAUACCGUGGCCGCUCAGGGAGGAAUAAAUGCCGUCCUUAACAACGAUAAGGAUGAUAAUUGGCUUUAUCACAUGUACGAUACCGUUAAAGGAUCUGAUUGGUUAGGAGAUCAGGAUGCGAUACAUUUUCUAGCGAGAGAGGCAGCACGAGCCGUUUACGAACUUGAAAAUUACGGCUGUCCUUUCAGUCGUACGGAAGAUGGAAAAAUUUACCAGCGCGCAUUCGGUGGUCAGUCGUUAAAAUUUGGAAAGGGUGGUCAAGCUCGUAGAACUUGCGCCGCUGCAGACAGAACUGGGCAUGCAAUACUGCAUACUUUAUACGGGCAAAGUUUACGUUACGAUGUCCAUUAUUACGUGGAAUAUUUUGCCCUUGAUCUUCUUAUGGUCGGACGGUGCUGCAAGGGCGUAAUGGCAUGGGAAUUAGAAUCUGGACUUUUGCAUCGAUUCAGAGCUCAUCAUACGGUAUUAGCAACAGGAGGAGCGGGAAGAUGUUAUCUCUCUUGCACCGCGGCUCAUACAUGCACAGGAGAUGGUCUUGCGAUAGCCUCUAGAGCAGGAUUGCCCCUUGAAGAUAUGGAGUUCAUCCAGUUCCAUCCAACCGGGAUAUAUGGAAGCGGCAUUUUAAUAACGGAGGGCGUCCGAGGGGAAGGUGGAAAGUUGGUGAAUUCUCAAGGAGAAUUUUUCAUGGAACGAUACGCUCCAAACGCGAAGGAUCUCGCAUCUCGUGAUAUCGUCUCCAGGGCGAUAACGAUGGAAGUAUUGGAAGGAAGAGGUGUAGGUUUGAAGAAGGAUCAUGUGUACCUGCAAUUGCAUCAUCUACCAUUAGAAACGAUACGAACACGAUUACCCGGAAUUUCACAUUUAUCUUGGGUGUUCAGCGGCGUGAAUGUGGAAAAAGAGCCGAUACCAGUUAUUCCUACGGUACAUUACAACAUGGGCGGUAUACCCACAAACUGGAAAGCGCAGGUUCUAUCGCGUGAGAACGAGGAGGACACCAUUAUCGAUGGACUUUGGGCAGCAGGUGAAACUGCAUGUGUAUCUAUCCAUGGUGCCAAUCGAUUAGGCGCCAACAGCCUUCUGGAAUUGGUCGUUUUUGGCAAAGCAAUUGCCGAUCAAAUUGAUUGUUUAACGAGGCCUGGUGAACGUCACGAGGAUUUAUCAACCUUGAUUGGCGAGGACACUAUUUGCCGUUUCGACGCGACACGUCAUGCAAAAGGUUGUGUUCCUGUAGUCGAACUACGGGAAGAAAUGCAGCAAACUAUGCAGAAAUAUUGUUCAGUAUUCAGAACCUGCGAUACAUUACAACGAGCAUGUCGUGAGAUGACGCGACUUUAUACCUGCGAUUUGCCGGAUCUAUGUGUUCAAGAUCAAUCACUAAUAUGGAACACAGAAUUGGUAGAAGCUAUAGAAUUACAAAAUAUGAUGUUAUCUUGCAUGCACAUCGUUUAUGCAGCAGAAAACAGAAAAGAAUCUCGAGGAUCGCAUGCCCGUGAAGAUUUCAAAGAACGAAUCGACGAGUACGAUUAUACGAAACCGCUCGAAGGUCAAAAGAAACGAUCGUAUAAAGAACAUUGGCGCAAACACACACUUACGUGGGCCCGACCAGAUGGUUCAAUCAGCAUUUCUUAUCGUCCCGUUAUCGAUACGACACUGGACGAAUCAGAAGCUCGACACGUUCCACCAACAGUUCGAAUAUAUUAAAUACGGUUAUGAAACUGGUAGAUUUUUUCCAAUCUUUUUUCUCGUUUUUUUCGUCUGGUUCUAUUCUAUUUUUUAAAUUAACGCAUUAUCAAUGGCUAACAUUGUUCGUGUUAGUGUGGCUGAUAAUUUAAAUAUGAGCUCAGUUCGUUAUCUCGAAAUUACAACGACACAUAUAGAUUUCGUCGUUUGUAGAAGGUUCGUGAAUUCUAUAUAAAUUUUGUUCAUCGCAUUCAAACGAUAUUACAACAACUAAUUCUAAACAGAAGCGGGGAUUUAUCCAUUUUAUUUACAUAUUAAAUAGCCAACCAAUCGUCUAACAAACGGAAUUAUACAUAUAUGUUCUUCAAUUAUACAUAUAUGCUUCCGAAUGAAAGUCAUUUUUUUCUGCUGUUUACGACUAUUUUCGAACAUUAUUCAUUCAUUUCAACAAGGUGAAAAUGAUUAUUUGGAAAUUUUACAUUGAUUUGCUAUAUUUCGUAAGAUCGAAUCAUUGAUGAAUAAUUGACGUGCAUAAAAAACAUGCAUGAUAUUAUUACAUUCUAUAUUACUUAAUUACAUUCGAUGUAUGUGAUAAAUGCAACGAAGUUAUAUAAUUAAAAAUAUAUAUAAUAUAAUUUUACGAUCUCAUUGUAUCGAAAAAAUGUAGCAAUUUCAAAUACAUUAAUCUAAAAAAUUUUUAAUUUUUUUCUUGCAUUUUGAUUUGUAAAUUGAAUUUUUCAAAUAUUUAAUUUAUUAUAUACUUUAUAUAUUAUUAUAUCUUUAAACAAAUCAAUAAAAUUUUUCAAUAAUUACUUACUAUUAAAAUAUUAUAUAAAAUAUAUAAAAUAUAUUCAUAAAAUAUUUAAAAGAUUUAUAUCAUUUAUAAGCUUAGCCAUGAACACCUACACUAACUAUAUACGUGGAAGUUAACCUGUUUCAUAAAUUAUUCCUAUAGCAACACCAAUACUUGAAUUAUUAUUGUGUUAGUAGCAUCUGGUUGAAAGAGAAACCUGCUAUGUAAUACCCCACCAUAUAGUAUAAAGUUUAUCUAUGUAUGUAGAGACGAGCCCACAAAGAACAACCAAUAGGGAAGCAAAAUAUACAUCGUACCGCCAACCCUGGAGCACGAUAAAUCUUUUUCAUUUUUUCUCCGCGUGCAACAGGAAAUAAAGCUCAGUUAAGCACCGUUAGUGACUAUGUUAACAAUUUUGUAAAAUAUGAAUUUUUACAAAAUCAAUAUCAUGAAAUUCAAAAUAUAAUGAUAGAUUUUGAAUAUUUUAAAACUCUUUAAAAGAUUUCAAAAUCAAUUCGCAUAGAAUCAUUAUUUCAUUAAAUAUGAUAAAAUUUAAAAUCUAGAAUGGCUGUAUACAUAUAAAUAAUGUUACUUUUAUGUUUAACAACGAAGCUUUAUAGUUUUCAACUUCAAUAUUAAUUCUUAUAAAAAUUUAUUAAAUGUAUUUAAAAUUUUUAGUCUUUUUCAUUUAAUUUUUAUUAUUGAGAUCAUAGAUAAAUAUAUGAUAUACAUUAUUAAAGUUAAUACUAGAGUACUUUCCCUUUAGAACCCACGCAAUUCACAGCUAUGUAUAUAAUUUUGAAAUACCGUUAACACCCCAUCAUAUGUAAAGUGAAAUGAGAACCGCUUAAUUUUUUCGCGGUAUCAUUUAAUUUUCCCGCCUAUAGUUAGCUACUAUUCAUAAUAUUAACUUCAAAAUUCCGAAAGAUUAAGAAUUAAUAUUAAAACAGUUAUAUGUUAUUAAUGU